CUGCGGUUACAGGUUGCAGAUUUUAUAUACAAAGUAUCAGGCAUUCAUAGUGAAAACGCGUCACCUUGACAUCAUAACAAACGUUAUCUAAUAACACAAAUAUAUAUCAGACAAUCUGAUAACAAUUUCUUCACCGGUCACAAGUGGUCGUUUUUGCCUAUGUAAAUUUUUUUACUGUUUUUUUUAACUCGAACAUACCUUUCUUGUAAAAUGGUUCACGCUGUUGAAGAUAAGGAUGAUUUUGACACCAAACUCUCUGCAGCCGGUGAUAAAUUGGUUGUUGUUGAUUUCCAUGCUACAUGGUGUGGGCCUUGCAAGCAAAUAGCUCCAUUUUUUGCUGGGUUGGCUGAGGAAUUCACAGAUGUUGUAUUUUUAAAAGUUGAUGUAGAUGAAGUAGAAGAUGUUGCUACCUUAUAUGAUGUGUCAAGCAUUCCUAAAUUUGUAUUUCUGAAAAACAAAGAAAAAGUUGAUGAAAUGUUGGGAGCUAAUCAAGACAAAUUAAAAGCCUUGGUUACACAGCAUAAAUAAUUUUUACUGCUGGUCUUAUGUAUGCUUAGGCUUUAUGCACAACUAAAAGCCUUCAUUACUAUUUAUUUUUUAAAAUUUGUUUCAUAUUGUAAGUUUAUAUUUUCGCACAUAAUUCUAGUAAAGAUUUUAUAUAUAUUCUUGCUACUAUUUCUAUAUAGAGACAUGAAAUGUUUAAAGUUGCUUAAAAAAGAUAUAUAACAUGUUAUUGCUGUGGUUAUAGUUAUUCCAGUGUGACAACUGUCUUCUAGUAAUGUGGUGCUUUGUUUAACUUUUUUUUUUUAAUUCAGUAAAAAAUGUAAAUUUUUCUAUACUAUUAAUAGCCAUGCAGUAGUUUACUUGACCUUUUGAAAUUAACAUGUGAAUGAGUGAUUAGAAGGAUAGUAUUUCUUAAUUUUUAAAGAAUUUUAUUUAUUAAUUUUAAGUUCUUUUUUAAAAUUAAUAUCUUAACAUUAAAAAGCACUUAAAUUGUUAACUUUUUUACACGUUUUCGACUUAUAAUCAAAAAAUUAUUUCAUAUUUUCAAUUGAAGUUUUUAAAAACAAUGAUCUAUUCUGCAUGUUGCAGGUAGAUAUCCUAUUUAUAGCUUAGUUUUUUGUAAAUAUGUGUACAUCUUUCAGUAGCAUGAAUUUUAUCGUAAAAUAACAGUUGAGUUGGAUAUUAUUAAUGUUUUGAAAUCAAUCAUAAGUUUGGUUAUUAAGUCAAUGCAAAUUUAUCUUACUGUUAAUGAAUUGAGAAUGCACAUUGACGAUUCCUAAUUUCUCAAAUUGCUAUGUUUUUAUAGUUUUCAUGUGAUAUUUUCUAAAUUAUUUUCUCUUUAAUAAUGGUUAUCUGGAUUAAUUUUAAUUACAUAAGAAUUUGUGUUCCUUAGGUUAUUUCAUGCUUUUAUGAUUUAUGCAUUUCAGUGCCUUUAUUGAUUUCCAGCUUUAAUAUUUGCCUUUAUGUGCCUUGAGUAAUUCUGUCUUAAUUGAGUAAAUUAAACUGUUUUCUUGUAAAGCUUGCAGUUUUUGAUUAAUAGAACAUUGUUGAAGUAGCAUAUAUAAUAAUUAUGAACUAUUGAAAUAGCAAUAUUUCCUGCAUAAAUGUGAAUUUUAAAGGAAGUUAAUAUAAGUUCAAUUCUAUAGUAAAAUGCUUUAAUAGAUUUUCUGCUUCAGCAAUUUAAUGACAUGUUUUAGAGCGUUUUCCCCCCAGUAAGUCUGUCAUUAGUAGUUCUAUUAUAUCAUGACUGCAUAUAAACUUUAUUAGUUUAACCCCUUAAAGCAAAAGUUUUUCCCCCCGGAAAUACUGGUUAAAACGUGAUAGUUUUUAAAUUUUUUUUUUUAACUGAAAAUAAAUAUGUAGGUAUAGUGUGUUAUUUUUUGCAAUUUCAGUUGUGGUGGUGACUAGGUGGUGUUGGUGUAAAAGCUAUAAAAAAAUUACUGUACAAACAAAGUUUAAACAAUUUUAUUACAAGUUUAUUUUGAAUUUCAAUAUAUUAAAAUAAAAUUAAAUCAACUCAAGGGAUCAUCAUUUUCAUUGCUCAGACUUUCUGAUAAAUUGGCACAUUCAUUUUUUCAAAACAAGUUAAUAAACUCUUAGUAAACAUCAACUUAUGGUUUCCUUUUAUGAUAUUUAACGCAAUAAAAAUGGAUAUAUUACCUUUUCCACACUAAAUAACUGCCUUAUAACAGAAUUUCUAACAACCUUAUAGCUUAUCAAAAUGCACCACUUGGUUUACACAAGAAAAGUGCUGCAUAAUGGUGUCAUCUAUGGUAAAUAAAUUUAGUUAUAAUCUAGCCUAUUUAUUUUUAUUAAAACAAAUCUCAGACGGGCAUUAGAAAUAAAGUAAGAUUGUCCGUGUGAGGCACGAGCAUGUGCAAAUUUGCGGGUAAUUUUUGCUCACGUCAGACACCAAAUUCGUUAAGGGGUUGAAAAUUCAACAAUACUCCAAUUUUUGAAUUAGACAACACCAACAUAAAAUUUUUUAUUUCUAGAAAGAUUUUUCAUUUCAUUUAUGAAUGGCUAGUUAUGUUGAUUCGUGUGUGUAAUUAGGCUGCUUAUUAUUUUUUCUCCCUUUUUGAAAAUUUUAUAUGGAUAGAAAUUAAAUAUUCAAUUAGAUACUUUGAUUGUUUAAUUUUAUUCAUAAUUAUUUUUAGGGACCAUAUAUUUUAUCCUAAUACAGCCGAACCUCAAUUUAACGACUCUCCCUAGACUGGACAAAAAUGUCGUAAAUAAAAGGGCGGGAAAAUUUCCAUGAAAAAAAAAUAUAAAUGAAAUUUUAAUUAUUUUUUGUAAAACCUAAAUACAAUUAGAAACUUGAAUGUAAUUUAUUUAGUAAAGAGAAAAAUAAUUAUUUUAAAGAAAAUAAAAAUCUAACAUUUUUGCUUGAUAAAUCUUUUUUUGUUGUCUUUAAGUACUUAAUAAAUUUUUGAACCAUUCCAAGGCAUCAAUUUUUUUCUCUUGUUAUUCAUGUCCUUAAAAGAAACUUUUCAGUCAGUGCAUGUUGUGCACUGCUGUUUUAAUAAAUUAUUGUGGAUCUGAAGAUGCAGUCUUCAUCACUCCUGAAAUGCUAUCAAUAUGAUUUUGAAAUAUACUGGUGUAGGACUACCUUUUCUGAAACCAUUUAUGAUAGUCUUGAGACACAUUUUUUUCAAGCAGACUAUAAUAAAUUUAAAAAUUCAAAAGCUGUUUUUUUUUGUGUAUUGGAAGUUAUACAAGACUAACUCAUUGGUAUUUCCAGAAAAUAAUAUUUGAGGAUGCUCUAAAUACCGAGAUUUUUUUAAAUAUCGAUAUAUAGGAAAGAAUACUAAGCUGAAAAGAUGUUAAAAGUAGGAAAUAGUUAUUUACAGGUGACUCUAAAUUCUUGUUUUACUGUAAUUAUUUAUUUGUUAAACUUAAGUGUUAUAGAAGUUAAUUUUAAUUUGUUCUUUAAUAUUUUGCUACUUAUUUUUCUGUGACUUUUGAAUAAAUCUUCACAAUGUUUUUUAAACCAGAUCAACAAUAUUGACUUUGAAAUGAGUGUGUAGCUUAUGAAAGUUUUUGAGCAAUAAAACUGUGCAUACAUGCUGA